ACAGCUGCCGAAGCGUUGGCGGCGGAGUCAAAGUCCGUUCGGUUUCCAAGGAUACGUUAGCAGACGAAAACGACGACGUCAUGUGGCGCGCGGAGCUGCGGAGGUGAGCGCGAGAGAGGGAACAGAGGGGAAAGGAAGAAGAACGAGAGAGGAUAGAGGGAGAGAGAGUGAUUGAGGGGGGAAAACGACGGGAAAGAGGGAACGGAGGAAGUGAGAAAGGGAAGCGAGGAGGUGAAAGAGAGAGAAAAGGGGCGACCGCGGGAAAGAAGAGCGAAACAAAGAGAAUGGGCGCCAGGUAAGCUAAAAGGAUUCUAAUCACGGAAGCAUGAGAGAGAGGACUGGGGAGACAACAGUGAGAUGUUUUAGAAGGUGGUAUGAUGGAAGGAUUGGGAAAGGAAAGGUCCAUUUGUAAUGCAGGGUCCUUUCCAUGGCUCAAUCAUUUAGACAGCGAAACACCAUCCAAGGUUUGGAAACUCACCGACUGCUUCUCCUCCCUCAAGCAAGCUCCCCCAGCUUCACAGCCACAGAACAGUUACAUGGAAGUCCAUAAACCAGUGUUGGAGCUGAAAGAUGUUCCUCCCCCUCCGCUUCACAGUGCCUCUCAGCAGUCUCUUCCUCUGGCAUCUCUCCCUGUGCCACCCCCCUGCCACCUCCCACCUCCUCCAGACCCCCGACCACCUCAGGUGCAGCCUGGCAGCCCUAAAGUAAGCCUGUGUUCUCGCUGUGAGUCCAGCCUGCACUUCCAGCAAUGCCCUGGCUCUCUUGAAGCCAGAGCACACAGUUUUGGUGAUGUUGGUGGUGGAUGUAGCAUCAGCACCAACGCUAAUGCUAACAUUGGUGGUGGUCUUCCUGCACUUCACUUUUCUCACACACAGAGCAGCACCUUCACUGGCCAGCCAACAGUCACCCCUUCCUCCGCUCCAUACCGGCCCUCCCUCCAGCUGCAAACCCCGCAGAGUUUUGGGCUCCAGAUGCCAUCAGUAGCCACGUCUCAGCCUGUGGCGGCCCACUCCCACUGCUCCUGCUGUUCGGGCCUCAGGCCCCUUCAUGCCUGUCCUUCUCUCUCUGUGGGCUGUGUGCAGUCCAACCAUGUGCCUGGUUCUGCUAUCCAUGGGCCUUGCGUGGCCUCAUCUGGGUGCUGUCACUGUAGCGGGGAGUGCCAGGCUGAGCAGCACUCACACUCGCAUGGUGAUGCAUCGUCUUCUACUCACCUCUGCUCUAACCCUUUGCACCUCAAUGUCGAGCACACCACAGUCUGCCUGAAGGGAGCACACUACUGCCACCAGUGUUUGAGGAAGCCUGUGCAGGGUUUGGGCGCCGCUGACUCUGUGAAGGUUUGGCCAAACAUUCCCCCUCCACAGACCCAGACUGCUCCUCUGCCUGUAUGUAAUGGCUGCGGAGUGCCUGGGGCCUCCACCGAUGGCGUUCAUCUGCACACUACCAGCCUGGGCAAAAUCAACCAGAAGUAUGGCUCUCCUGAAAGCAGUGGGCAGGAGGCCCUUCCCCCUGUGGGUGUGUUUUGGGACAUAGAGAACUGUGCCGUACCCAGCGGGCGUUCUGCCGCCACAGUGGUACAGAGGCUUCGGGAGCGCUUCUUCCAGGGUCAUCGUGAAGCUGAGUUCAUCUGUGUAUGUGACAUCAGUAAAGAAAACAAAGCUGUCAUUCAAGAGCUCAACAACUGCCAGGUAACAGUUGCUCAUAUAAAUGCCACUGCCAAAAAUGCUGCUGAUGACAAACUCCGGCAGAGUCUGCGGCGCUUUGCUGAGACACACACGACUCCCGCCACAGUAAUUGUGGUUUCUUCUGACGUGAACUUUGCCAGUGAAUUGAGUGACCUGCGUCAUCGUCACGGUUUCCAGGUCAUCCUCGUGCAUAAAAGCCAGGCCUCACCUGCUUUGCUGCAGCACGCACACCUGCACGUUCCAUUUGAGGACUUUGUCUCGGAGCUGCCUCCCAGGAUGCUUAUGAAAUCACAGCCCUGUUUCAACCUCCUCUUUGUGCACAACCUCCCCACACACCGUGAUGCCAAGGCUGUCAGUAGCAGGCUUCAGCGCCUGUCAAAUAACUGCGGCGGGAAAGUACUGGGUGUGUCUGGUGGCACUGCCGUACUCCGAUUCGCCAGCGCUGAGGCGGCCGAGCGUGCUGCAAAGCGAAUGGAGAAUGAGGACGUCCUGGGGAAUCGGAUCACCGUCUCUUUUUCCCCCGAUGGGCCGCAGCAGGAGGAGGAAGAGGAGCGGAUUCAGCUUCCCACCGCCUCCUCCUCCUCCUCCUCUGCUGCCGUGUUCCUCCCUUUGGAGAAGUCGCGUUCACCUCGGCGCCCCAGACGGGUGUCCCGGUCCUGCCAGAGCGGCAGAGAUGUGGGGGUGAACAUUCCGGAAAGACCUUACAGCCCAAGGAAAGGGGGGCAUGCCUCUUCCUGCAGCCCAGUGAUGAAACUCCUCCCCCAGGAUGUAAGUGGUGUGGAGUCUAGGCCCAGGACAGGUUUUGCUCUGGAGAAAAGCCGAGCUGCAUCUGCAUCUCCUCAAAACAAUGGCCUUGCCGCACAACUGCAGUCUGCCAAGCCUGGCUUUCCCACUGAACUUCUCCAUCGUGGUCGCAGGAGAGACUCUUGUAGCCUACGGAGUGUUACAGACUCUCCCAUGGAGCCGUUCCAGGUGAGCACGCCGUCAGCCUUCAGCAAACUCAACUUGCACACUUCCUUCAGCCCCCUAAUGUUCUCCCAGGGUUCAUCAAGAAGUACAUCACCAUGCUUGUCAAAUCGCUCGUCCCCGCUGAGUGUUGCGUCUCGUAGCCCCUGCCCAGACACCCAUCCUGAGCCAUUUUCAGGCGGUGCAGACAUCCAGGUGGCCAACCUUGACUACAGGAUGUCGCGCAAAGACCUCCAGCAGAUUUUGCUGGACACUUUUGCCAAGCACGGCAGGGUGAAGUGUGUUGAGCUCAGUCCUCACACAGACUAUCAGCUCAAAGCUAAAGUGCAGAUGGGCUCCUUGCAACAGGCUAUAGGGGCUGUCAGCAUUCUUCACCGGUACAAGAUUGGUAACAAGCGCAUUCAUGUCUCCCUCAUCACUGGGGCAAAUAACAAGUCCCUUGCCUGCCUCAGUUCGGAGAUCAUCAGUAUUCUGCAAGAUUCUCCAGCCAACUGUCUUCCUCUCUUCAAAUUCACUGAAAUUUACGAGAAAAAGUUUGGUCGUAAGCUGGUAGUGAGUGAGUUAUACAGGCUGCCGGAAGUGGUGGCUGUUCGGGAGCAGGGUGGAAGUCGCUUGGUGUGCCUUCUGUCCAGCAGCCUCACCAGACACAGCCCCCUGGGCUCCUCUCAGUCCCAUGACGGAUCCUCCACCAGUGGCAGCCCUGUGGUGUUUGAGGAGCUGGAAUAUCACGAGCCUGUCUGCAAGCGUCACUACACACAGCAUGAUUUCAGUGAGGCAGACUACGACCCUGACACAUACAAGAUCCCGUUUGUGGUGGUGUCUCUGAAGGCCUUGGCUGCUCAUGUGCACAGCCUGUUGCAGUCUCAUGAGGGAACUGUUCCCUUGCUCAGUUUCCUAGAGUGUUAUGCAGCAGAGUUCAGUCCGCUGACUGUGGCAGAGGAGGGGAAGUUGGAGGGGAGUGUUCCGUUGGAGCACUUAAUUACCUGUAUACCUGGCAUCACCAUAGUAACCGCACAGAAUGGUUUCAAGGUCAUCAAAUGGAUUCACAACAAACCUCCACCACCCAAUGCAGACCCAUGGCUGCAGCGCUGUAAGAGUCCAGUGGGUAACCCGCAGCUAAUCCAGUUCAGUCGGGAGAUCAUAGACCUGAUGAAGAGCCAGCCUUCCUGCCUGAUGCCCAUCACUAAAUUCAUCCCAGCCUACCAUCACCACUUUGCUAAGCAAUGUAGAGUCUCUGAUUAUGGCUAUUCCAAACUGCUGGAGCUGCUGGAGGCUGUACCCCAUGUACUACAGAUCCUGGGCAUGGGCUCAAAGCGGUUGCUGACUCUCACGCAUAGGGCACAGGUGAAGCGCUUCACUCAGGAUCUGCUCAAACUGCUCAAGUUUCAGGCCAGCAAGCAGGUGGUCAUCAGAGACUUCAUGCAGGCCUACCACUGGUGCUUCUCCAGAAACUGGCACGUGGUUGAUUAUGGUAUUUGUGACCUGAUGGAUCUGCUGACGGAGAUUCCAGAUACUACAAUCACCAUCACGCAGCAGGACUCUGACACGGUCAUAUCCGUGCCCAAGAGAGAGCGGACAGUAGAGGAGGUAGAGCGCACAAAACAGUUUGGAAAGGAAGUUGUGGAUCUGCUGCGGCACCAACCACACUUCCGUAUGCCCUUCAGCAAGUUCAUCCCUACCUAUCAUCAUCACUUCGGCCGUCAGUGCAAGCUUACAUAUUACGGCUUCUCCAAGCUAAUGGAGCUGUUUGAGGCCAUUCCAGAUGUGCUUCAGGUGCUGGAGUGUGGGGAGGAGAAGGUUCUGGCUCUGACAGAAAUGGAGCGGGUCAAGGCUCUGGCAGCUCAGUUGGUGAAGCUCCUGCGUGCUCAGAAAGAUUGUAGCCUGCCUGUCAACCAGCUGUUGGCUGAGUACAGCAAGACCUUUGGCUAUGGCCUCCGUCUUCAGGACUAUGAUGCCAACACACUGCCUGCUCUGCUCUCUAAGCUCUGCCAUGUUGUCAAGGUGGUAGACGGAGCUGAAGAGAAGGAGGUACAGCUUAUCAACAGGAAAUCUCUGCGUGCACUGACAUCACAGCUCCUGGCUGUCAUGAUGUCCCUUCCAGAUGAACGCAAUUGGCUGGGAGUAGAGGCAUUACGAGAGCAGUACGAGUCGAUGUAUGAUACUGCACUCAACCCCUGUGAAUACGGAUUUGUCUCGCUCAGUGAGCUGCUCAAGAGUCUGCCUUACUUGGUGGAGCUGUUUGAGGGUGAGAGUGAUGAUGGCAAGGCUGAAGAGCAAGUAAGGCUAACUUGCCUCUACCAGUUUGCCAGAAACGUUAGAGCCCUUCUACACACCUACCACUAUAACCAGAUUUUCCUGACUGAGUUUUGGAGCGCCUUCAGCAAGUAUACAGGAAGAGAGUUCCAGCCUCGUGACUAUGGAUACAACACUCUGGAUGAGCUCCUGGCAGCCAUACCACAGGUAGUGUGGAUCAAGGGUCAUGGCCACAAGAAGAUCAUAGUCCUGAGGAAUGAAAUGAAAGCUCGCAGCAGCCCUGCUAACACAGAGAGCCCCCAGCCUGAGGAGGUCAGAGAGAGUCAGAGCCCUGCCAGCACUCAAGAUUCUGGCACACACAGCCCAGGUGGCAGCACAGGUGAUGCAGAGCUGCUGUGCCUGAAAUCUACCUCUCCUGUGGACCUGCUUUGUGGGCCAGUUCCAUCCUGCCUGCCCUCGCCUCAGCUCCACCCUGACCCAGUUCUGCUCCAGCACAAAGACCUCAUCCGCUUCGAGGAGCACUCACACCACCAGCCUACAGGGGGAGUAGGCCAGCGUCAGCCAGUCCACAACCGGCAGCCGCAAGCAGCUCUGACACCCACCAACUGUACCCCAGAGCGUCAUACAGCUUCAGAUGUGGAGAAUGGAAUGGCAGAUUCAUCCACCACUGUCACUGUUGUGUUAAGUGUUGGCGACAGCUACUCCUCUUGUGUUCAAGAUGACAUUGGGUCUAAGACUGCUCAUACCGAUUCACAUGGUACAGCAGGCUUGACUGUGACCAUGCCACCACAAGCUCCAAACCUCAAACCCUCAGCCACGGACAGCCCCAGCAAGAGACCCUUACGGAACAAAGUCAGGCUAGCAGCUAACUUCUCUUUCUCAACAGCUCCUUCAAUAUAAAGCACUGUUACCCACAUCAGGUCCUGAAAACUCAUAGCAUCACAUACUUUUGUGUUUGCCCUCCUCAAAUAUACCUAGUACAGCUCUUGAACGGCCUAAUUAAAAUGAAUCAGUAUGUUAGAGCAGGGAAAACCCUGAACUUGUUAGUGGCCCUGCAGGAAUAGGUCUGAGUAACAGUGCCCUUAAAGGUUCGCUGUGCUAAGCUUCUCCUUGUGCCGCCAACAUUCUGCUGCUGCUACGUCUUUUAAAGCCUUUAUUUUGCAUCAAAUCAUGCCAUUCUAAAGCCAUCAACAGUCUUGCAGUAUUGUUUAUCUUCCUUAAAAUCACAGCUAAAUCACAAAGUUGGCUGUAACUCAGGCCUCAGCUUUUGAUGUGAAAGGGUACAUCCACCCAAAAUAGUUCUCUGUUGCUUUGGUGAUCAUAAAUGUAUUUAUUUUUUUGCCAAAUUAAUUUGUAACAAUGUGAAGUUAGAAGUUAUGAUAUAUUUAAGUCCUCUGACCCUCCUCUGCCUGCAUACAAUCUAUUAUGACUAUAAAGGAAUUGUUUUAAUCAUAGUCAUAUCUAUGAGACAAUUUUACAGCCUCGUAAUAUUUAGUUAUAGAAAAGAGAAGCUCAAGAAUCCGUAACCCAAAAUGAUUUGCCUUCCUUUGUUUUUGUGGGGCAUCUGUAAUGAAUUCUGGACUGUAGAAUUCUUUAGAAUUUUAAGAUCUGAAUCUGUUUUUCCCUUUAGAGCUGUUUAUAGUAGUUUUCAAAUGCAUUAUUGCAUGGGUCUUGAGUUUUGGUGUAACCAAAUAGGAUUGGCGUUUUGUUAAACAUCUUAAUGGUGCAGUUAGUUUCACGCCAGUGGCAGUCUGUUACCAGACGAUGCGCAAGUGUUGAUUUGAUCUAGGUUUUCAGCCUUGUAGUGCUGGCUGACUACAGACCAUGCAUGUAGGAUAAUGUCGAGGUUGUGUGGUGGAGCUCCUAAGCCAGUUUAAAGCAUGCCCUCCAAACUCUUAGGCAGGUUGGCAUAUGAAAAACGUUUGAGUGCUGGCUUCAGUGGUUAAAACAGAGGUGCUGAAACCCUUCUUUGCAGCUGUUGGCCAAGCGACAGCGCUGUUUCAGUUUUAGCGAAGUAGACGGCAGCAUUUGCCUAAGUAGGAUGUUAUUGUAUGAAAUUUUAUAUGCACAUCGUGCAUAGAUAAUUUCUUAUGCGAUGCUUAGAAUGAUGUGACUGGGUUAAUAAGCUUCAUAUAGUUUUAAUUGAUUUCUUCCAUGCAUUUUCACCGCUGGAUUAUGCUAACAAGAGCUUGGAUUCAUCUUCUUAGCUAUUCCUUGGGAAAUGCCAAGGUUGUUUUCUUUAACCUUGAUCAGUUUGUUUAUCGGUUGGUUGUUCGGUCCGUCGGUCAGUCACUGCUUAUUCUUGACAGGGGAGUUUGGCAUGUGUAAUUUAUAUGCAAGUUAGGUUUUAAAGUACUUGGAGUGGUGGAGGGGGUUGGAAAACGCUCAAGGUGAAACAUCAUGGUAUCGGAGGGACGCACAUAGGCCCUUUUGAUUUUCUGUGGACUGAGCCAGGCUUUUACAAUGGCUUGUAUCAGCCUCGGCACCAUAAGAGAAGAAGAGAGCAGUGCUAGAGCAUUUCCUUCCCCUACAUCCACCCUCACUGUGUUUAUAGUUUGUAGAUUUAUUUCCAUGUGAGAUUGUUUUGUUUAGUGUUUCAAAGACUUAUCCUGCAUGGUGUUGAUGCUGGGUUGUCCCAGUAAGAACCUAGAUUAAAUGUCUGCGCUGCCAUUUAGGGUCAGAGAGGACUGAAAGGCAAAGUGUGGGACAAUCUCCCCCAAAUGACUUGCUUUUUUAUUAUGAAUAUAUACAAUUCAUUUUGAAAAUGUAAAUGUCAGGAUGGGAUCUGGCCUGUUUGCCUCAAACCUGCCUUUUUAUUUGUAGGCGUUUCAGUUUGUGGGCUUAAUGUAGUUUAAUGCAGUCUAAUUAUAUCACUGUACUUUCAGUUUUCCACUCCUAAUUUACUGACCAGCCAGCACAGGGUGGCUGCAUUCCGUCCCAAAUGAUUUACUUUCAUCCGGGUUGUUUAAAAGAGCAUGAUUUAAAGGAUCCUGUUGGAAUUUUUAGAGCUGUAUUUUUUAAGAAGAUUAUCAAAGGCCUGAUAUUUCUUUAUUGGAGACGGCAACAUUGCUGAGUCACACUGGCCUUAAAGAGCCCUAAAGUAAACUUUAAUUUUGCUGUUUGAGGACAAACCUUCAUCUAAAGCUGCUCAGACCUCAGUUACAGCUAACUUGGUUAUACAAAAUUAUUAAAAAAAAAUGUUUUGUUGGUCUGUCCAUAAGUAAGUGCUAUCCUUGUUUGCCUAUGCACAUUUGCAUAGAUUCGUGCAGUAUUGUUUGGUUGAGGUUUACAAAAGAAAGUUAAACAGAGAACUUUGUAAUUCACUUUCGUACAUGGUCAUAAGUGCUGUUUAGUUGCAGUGUGGCUCCGUUCCAGCGUUUGUUUCGUCGUUAUGAUUUAGCCACCCAUGUGUUUCCACGUACUGUCUCUGUGCAGUAAGAGCAGUUGAAAUAAAUGUAAUUGUAGUGUUUUUGUCAAUCGUUUAUGCUGCAUUUAACCGUUGCAUCUCAGUUUAUAUAAGCAGGACUGUUGGAUUUAUGUUCCCCUGUUCAGUUAGAUAUCUAGCAAGUACCUUAAAUUUAUAAACUAUGCUACUGAGACCCAAGACCACUGUAUAUUCACUCUCCCAUCAGCAGCAGAAUGUUGCCAUCUGUCUUCUUCUGUUAAGUGAGCUUAAGUUGCAUGUUCUUCAUUGUAUUGUUUCAUCCCCUACUCUACCUGCUCCCUCAUGGAAUCACUGUAGCAGUUUCACUCUUUUGUGGAGUGACCAAGCCGUUUCUGUUAAUAAAUUUCACAAGCAUCA